AUGUUCCUGUCCGACGACCUGGACGAGAUUGACUGGGAGUUUGUCGGCGGUGAGGCCACCAGCGUGCAGACCAACUUUUACGGCAAGGGUGUCAUUGAGUCCUCCAUUCCCGGAAAGCACGACGUUCCCGGUAAUGCUCAGGAAGAGUUCCAUAACUAUACCACCGAUUGGACCAAGGACUACCUCGACUUCUACAUUGACGGCAACAAGGUCCGCACUUUGCUUCCCGCCGAGGCCAACAACACGCAAUACUACCCCCAGACACCCAUGCGCUUGUCCCUCGGUAUUUGGGCUGGCGGCGACCCGAGAAUGCCCAACGGUACGAAGGAGUGGGCUGGUGGUGAAACCGAUUACAACGCUGGCCCGUACACCAUGCAUGUCAAGUCUGUACAGGUUACCGACUACAGCGACGGCAAGGAAUAUGUCUACGGCGACCGCAGCGGCGCUUGGGAGAGCAUCAAGGUUGUCGAAGGUAACUCCACCAUCAAGGAGAUCAUCGAAGCCCCACCCAAGGAAUCGGUGUCAGACAAGUGGAAGGGCAUGUCGAACACAACCAAGACCAUCAUCUACGCCUGCUGCGCCGGUGCUGGUGCGCUGCUCGUCAUUGCUGCCGUGUUCGUCUGCAUCCGUCAGCGACGACGGGGUGCGCGCCAGGCUGCUCUUGCUGAAGCCCAGUACGAGCGCGAUCGCAUGGAGCUUGACCGGCUGCAGAAGGCUGGUAUUGAUCCCGAUAGCUUUACCGAGCAGGCGGCCGAGUAUCAUGCUGGUGAUAUGAAAAAAGACGGCAUGGUUACCACGACAACUUAUAGUGUUCCCCCUUCUCCGCCACUCGAUGGCCCGAACAACGGUUCCUCUACGAUCUCGGCAGUUGGCGCUGGCGCCGCUGCUGGAGCUGCUCUCGGUGCUACCGGUGCCGUUGCCGCCGCCUCCCUCUCUCAAUCUCCCCGCGUCGCUAGCCCUGCUCCCGCUCCCGGUCAGCAACAGCAGCAAUUCAACUCCUUCGACAACAAUAUGAACAUGAACCGCGUCGCUUCCCCUGCCCCAAGCAUCCCUUCCUUCGCCGCCUCUGCCAUGACCCCCACCAUCCCCAACGUGACUGGCGGUUACCAGAGCCAGUCCCAGAGCCCGUCGUUCCCUCCCAACCGCAGUUUCACCUCUCCGGCCCCUGCCUCGCCUAACCCUCAAGGUUCGCUGUAUGGAGACAAUAUGAACAGAGUAGGCAGUCCCGCUCCCGGCGGAGGUCUAGCCCACCCUCAGCCGCAAAGAAGCUUUACCGCCGGUCCUACUGCCCCUGGCUUCGCAAGCCCGCAGUCUGCUAGCUUCGACUUUAACAACAACGGGGGUUACAACAGCCCGCAGGCUUCGACAUUCGGUGGGGCGUAUGGCCAGCAACCAGCAUCCGGACUUGGAACACAGCCCAGCGGUCCUGGGUAUUGUCAGGCUGGUGUUGGUCAAGUACCUGACUUUGGUCUGCCUGGUCAAAGCGGAUUUGCGGAGGGGAGGGAUAGUUAUUGGGGUGAUACUCGUGAUAACGGGCAUAACCAGGGACACAUGAACAACGGGGGAUACAGGUGA